AUGGGCCUCAAAACUAAGAUCCCAGACCACGACAGUGCUUCAAUUCAAAAUGAUAAUGCAGCUGGGCUGGCACCCGGCUGGAAAUCCCUAUUCAGUUUCACGACCCGGCGACACUUGCCAACGCUCAUCAUAGGGGCCUUCCUUGCCCUGCUCGCUGGAUGCGUGACACCUGCCCUAGCUAUAUCUCUGGGAAACGUCUUCGAUGCGUUUACAUCAUUCGGAGCCGGUCAGAUUGCCAUCGAUGGGCUUCGCAGCAAAAUUGUUACCAGUUGUUUUGGUAUGCUUGGGCUGGGAGCCGCUGGCUGGUUUCUCAAUAGCGCAUACUUCGCGGUAUUCAUCGCAUUCGGAGAGCUCCAAGCUUCGAAUAUCCGCAACAAGGUCUUUACUGAGUUGAUCCAACGAGAUGUUGAAUGGUUCGAGGCCCAGCAGGAAGGGUCAGGGGCUUUCCUGUCUGGAGUCCAAGCUCACAUCCACGAACUUCAAAUGGCUACAUCACAGCCUCUUGGUCUGCUUUUGCAGUAUCUCUGUCGCUCAUUAGUGUCCCUGGGAUUAGGAUUCUAUACUUCGUGGAGUCUUUCCCUCGUGACAUUAGCCGGAAUCCCCAUUUUCUCGUCCGUCAUUGUCUUCCUAUCCACAAGGAUGAAACCCAGCAUCAAAGCACAGCAAGAGGAGCUAACCCAGGCUUCGAAGGUUGCGAGCAAUGCCAUCAAUUCUAUCGAUGCAGUCAAAUGCUUGAACGGCCAGCGGAUAGAAUUGUGGAGCUUCUCCAGUCGGAUCGAGCAAUCCGCUAUUCACUACCUCCGACAAGCAAGGCUCAAUUCUUUGCAAAUCUCGUUCGUUCGGUGGAUGAUGUUUGGCAUGUUCGUUCAAGGGUUUUGGUACGGAAGCUCCCUUGCUAGAAACGGCAAGAUCACCUCUGGUGAAGUUCUGAGAACUUUUUGGGCAUGCUUAACUGCAGCGCAGUCUAUCGAGCAAGUGCUGCCACAAAUUAUUGUAUUGGAGAAAGGAAAAGUUGCGAGUGCCAUGCUCAAGUCAAUCAUGCGCCAACCGGCGCCGGAGAGGGUUGUGAGCGAGACCAAAGGAACUCUGUAUCCCGAACACUGUGAAGGUGAUAUCGAGGUUAACAAUGUAUCAUUCUCAUACCCCAGUCAACCAGACCGUGUCGUUCUAAAUCCAUCGACAUUUUUCUUCCCAGCCGGUGAGACGACCUUCGUCAUUGGCAAGAGUGGCUCUGGGAAAACCACCCUCGGUCAGCUAUUGAUGCGAUUUUAUCCUCUUACCUCUGGAGAAAUCCUGAUUGAUGGGAACCCGAUCGAUGCACUCAACAUCAACUGGGUCAGGAAUAAUAUUACGCUGGUGGAACAACGAAGUGUGCUGUUCAAUGACUCCGUACUGAAGAAUAUCGCUUUUGGUCGUCAGGACUAUGAGAACGUGUCAAGAGGAGACGUUCAAAGCUCGAUCGAGGUUGCAAUGUUGAAAAGCGUUCUUGAGAGCCUUCCCGAGGGACUUGAUACUUGUGUUGGUCCCGGUGGGAAUCAUUUGAGUGGAGGUCAGAAACAGCGAGUUGCCAUUGCCAGAGCGAGGUUACGCGACACGCCGAUUCUGAUCUUGGAUGAGCCAACCAGUGCUUUGGAUCCUGCAAAUCGAGUGGCAGUGAUGAAGGCGAUCCGAGAGUGGCGGAGCGAAAAGACAACCAUUAUCAUCACUCACGACAUGUCGCACAUCACCGAACAAGAUUAUGUCUAUAUUUUGGAAAAUGGCACAAUUGUGCAGAGUGGGUACCGGGAUACUGUGGAGAAGCAGCCUGGGAGUGAGAAAUACUUUCGCGCCACAACAAAGGCAGAUCAGAAUACGGCAGAUCAGAAUACCGGCAGCCUGGGGAAAGAGUUAGGGGAGAGGGCAUAUUAUGGCCUUUCUUGGGAGGAUCCAUCUCGCCAAAACCUGACAACUGAGCCUGCCAGACCUCCCAGUGCACGCUUUAAUCCAAGAGAAUUGUUGGCGCAACAUCACGCUCGCUCCAGUUCAUGGUCAAGUGCACGGAAUUCGACCCUGAGAAGAGAUGAUGCCAUCUCUGUCGAUGACACUAUGUUGAACAUAUCAUAUGAUCUCAGCAAACAUGGAUCUUUGGUUGGUAUUCCUAGAAGGGAGAUGUCGCCAGUAAGACCGGCCUCAUACUACUCAAGACCAAUGGAGGAAUUCGAGAUGAUUCGAAUCGACCGCAGCUUCCUGGAUGACCCUUCAAGUCACACAUUGUCUUACGAGUCUGCUCCCGAUCUUGAUUCGAAGCACUCAAGGCUUGUUCAAACGGACCAGAUCUCAAAGCCACAGAAGGAACAAGAUGAAAAGGGCAUGAUAUCUUUAUCUCAAAUCAUGGGUACUAUUGUGCCUAUAUUGACCCCAAAACAACGUGUCAUCCUCUUCCUAGGGGUUCUCGCGGCUCUGGCUCAUGCCAGUGCGACCCCAAUCUUCUCAUACUGCCUGUCGCAGCUAUUCAGCACCUUCUAUGCCGGCACCAACAGCGCCAAGCUAACGAUGACAUGGUCGCUGGCUGUACUCGGAGUCUCCAUUGGAGAUGGCCUAGCUUCUUUCUUCAUGCAUUACUUCCUCGAGUUCUGCGGCGAGGCAUGGAUGGACGCACUCCGGAAGAAAGCGUUCGAGCGAGUGCUUGAUCAACCUCGGGCCUGGUUUGAGCAAGAGGGAAACAGCUCGUUCAGGCUCACAGCUUAUCUGGAUCAAAAUGGUGAGGACAUGCGGAACCUGCUUGGUCGCUUUGCUGGAUUCGUGAUCGUUGCUGCAUCAAUCACAGUGAUGGCGAUUAUCUGGAGCUUGAUUGUCUGCUGGAAGUUGACCUUGGUGGCCCUUGCUUGUGGCCCAUUCAUUUACGCAAUUACUCGAGGCUUCGAAGGCGUCAAUGGGAUUUGGGAGCAUCGGUGCAACGAAGCCAGUGCAGUUGCCACAGACAUCUUCAUGGAAACUUUUGCGGAGAUUCGCACCGUCAGAACUCUCACGUUGGAGGGUUACUUUCAUAACAAGCAGGCGGACGCUAUCUCGAAAUGUCUGGCAAUUGGGUUGAAACGUGCAGGUUACACUGGCCUGCUCUUCGGCAUGCUGGAGUCGACGGUGAUGUUUGCAAGUGCUUUGAUAUUUUACUAUGGUGCCGUACUUGUGGCUUCCGAAUUUACCGUCAAUGAUGUGAUGAUGGUGUUCUCGCUACUUCUUUUCAGCAUCGGAUAUGCGGCUCAAAUUCUAUCAUGGAUCCCUCAAAUCAACACCUCCCGUGAGGUUGCAACCCAACUUCUUCGGCUUGCCAAUCUUCCCGCAGCGAAUUCCCAUGAACAUCGGGGUGACCUCAGGCUCCCCAGGCUCACUCCGAUUCAAAUUUUCAAUCUUGACUUCAGAUAUCCCUCGAGACCCGACACAACGGUCUUGGCUAACGUGUCAAUCCAAAUCGCCCAGAAUUCAUGCACUGCGAUCGUCGGUCGCUCUGGAUCCGGCAAGUCGACCAUUGCUUCGUUACUACUGGCGCUAUACGAAGCGCCCGUGUCCAAAGAUGGUUGGCCUACCGUGAAACUCGGUGGAGCAGGCAUAUCACGCUUGCACAUUCCAACUCUAAGAUCGCACAUCUCAAUCGUAUCGCAGCAGCCAAUUAUAUUCCCCGGAACCAUCUACGCCAACAUCAGCUACGGACUCGCAGACCGGGCUUCCAUACACAGCGUACGUGUCGCAGCGGAGGCAGCUGGCAUCGACGAUUUCAUCCUCUCUCUUCCAAACGGAUACUUCACUGUGAUCGGUGAUGGUGGUAUCGGGCUGUCGGGCGGCCAGAAGCAGCGUUUGGUGAUUGCCCGUGCUCUGCUUCGUGAGCCCCAGAUCCUCAUCUUGGACGAGGCAACUUCCAGUCUCGAUCCUGCGGGUGCAGAGCUUGUUCGUCAAACGGUGCAGAAGCUCGUGGCCACCCGGAAGGACCUCACUGUGAUUAUCAUCACCCAUGCGAAGGAGAUGAUUGAAAUUGCAGAUCAUGUUAUUGUUCUUGAUCAGGGGGUUGUCGUGGAAGAUGGGUCGUACCGGGAUCUUUCGCAGCGAGUGGGUGGGAAACUAUAUGGGUUGAUGAAUGACCCUGAGCAAGCAUAG